AUGUCGGUUUCAAGCAUGCUUGCAGUUGGAGGAACGAGAACCUCUGGAACGUCCGUGAGGACUCAAAAUGUGAUGGCAGCAUGUUCUAUUGCAAAUAUUGUCAAGAGUUCUUUGGGACCUGUAGGUCUUGAUAAAAUGCUUGUAGAUGAUAUAGGUGAUGUUACAAUUACAAAUGAUGGAGCAACUAUACUUAAACUACUAGAAGUAGAGCAUCCAGCUGCAAAAGUGUUAGUUGAAUUAGCUGAAUUGCAAGAUCAAGAAGUUGGUGAUGGUACAUCAUCAGUAGUAAUUAUUGCUGCCGAACUUUUACGCAAUGCUGACGAAUUAGUGAAAUACAGAAUUCAUCCAACAUCUAUAAUAAGUGGAUAUAGAUUGGCAUGCAAAGAAGCAUGUAAGUACAUUCAAGAACAUAUGACUAUUAAUGUUGAUGAAUUAGGGCGAGAAUGUAUUAUUAAUGCUGCAAAAACUUCAAUGUCUUCAAAAUUGAUUGGACCAGAUGCAGACUUUUUUGCUGAAAUGGUAGUGGAUGCUGCCAUGGCUGUGAAAGUGUCAGAUGGAAAAGGUGGUUUCAAGUAUCCAAUUAAGGCUGUAAAUAUUUUAAAAGCCCAUGGCCGUAGCACUAGAGAGAGUAUAUUGGUGCAAGGAUAUGCAUUAAAUUGCACUGUGGCAUCACAAGCUAUGCCAAAGAAAGUAGCACCUGCUAAAAUUGCUUGCCUUGAUUUUGGAUUACAAAAAGUUAAAAUGCAUUUAGGUGUUCAAAUUUUAGUAACUGAUCCUGAAAAAUUAGAUGCUAUUCGUCAGAGGGAAUCUGACAUCACCAAGGAGAGAGUUCAAAAAAUUCUUGCAGCCGGUGCUAAUGUAAUAUUAACUACAGGUGGUAUUGAUGACUUGUGUCUGAAGUAUUUUGUAGAAGCUGGAGCAAUUGCAGUUCGUCGCUGUAAGAAAGCAGAUCUCAGGAGAAUUGCAAAAGCAACAGGAGCUCAGUUAUUAGUUAGUAUAGUUAAUACUGAUGGAGAAGAAAGUUUUGAUGCAACAAUGCUAGGAGAGGCUGAAGAAGUUGUCCAAGAAAAAAUUUGUGAUGAUGAAUUAAUACUUAUUAAAGGGCCUAAAGCUCACUCUGCCAGUUCAAUCAUUUUACGUGGUGCUAAUGAUUAUUUUGUUGAUGAAAUGGAACGUUCUCUUCAUGAUUCUCUGUGUGUUGUGAAACGAGUAUUGGAAAGUAAAGUAGUAGUACCUGGUGGUGGUGCUGUGGAAGCUGCACUUUCAAUUUAUUUAGAAAAUUUUGCUGCUACUUUGAGUUCUAGGGAACAGUUGGCUAUAGCUGAAUAUGCCAAGUCAAUGCUUGUUAUUCCAAUGACAUUAGCUGUGAAUGCUGCAAAAGAAGCUACUGAUCUUGUUGCAAAACUCAGAGCCUAUCAUAAUAGUUCUCAAACAAAACCAGAGCAUGCUCAUUUGAAAUGGGUUGGAUUAGACUUGUAUGAAGGAACAGUGUGUGAUAAUAGAAAGGCUGGUGUCCUGGAGCCAGCAAUAUCAAAAAUCAAAUCGUUGAAGUUUGCCACAGAGGCAGCAAUUACAAUAUUGCGCAUUGACGACCUAAUCAAGUUGAAUCCAGAAAAGAAAGACGACCACGCUUACCAACAAGCAGUAAAUGCUGGCGAACUUUAAUAUAUUUAUUAAAAA